AUGGGAAGAAGAAAAGUGGAGAUCAAACGAAUUGAGUGCAAAAGCAGUCGACAAGUCACCUUCUGUAAAAGACGAAAUGGUCUCAUGGAGAAAGCUCGCCAACUCUCAAUUCUCUGUGAAUCCUCCACAGCUGUUGUCGUCUUCUCCAAUACUGGAAGACUCUAUAGCUCCUCCUCCGGCGAUAGCAUGGCCAACAUCCUCAAGCGUUAUGAAAUAGAACAUGCUGAUGAACGUGAGACCAUGGAUCUUACAGAAAAAACUCGGAAUUAUCUUUCACACAAGGAGUUACUGGAAAUUGUCAAAAGCAAGCUUGAAGAAGCAAAAAGUGACAAUGUAAGUCUAGAGUCCCUAAAUUCCCUGGAAGAGCAGCUCAAGAGUUUUCUGUCUGUAACUAGAGCUAGGAAGUCAGAGCUAAUGAUGGAAGUUGUGAAGAACCUUCAAGAAAAGGAGACGCUGUUGACAGAAGAGAACCAGGUUUUGAUUAGCCAGCUUGCUCAGAUGGAGAAGAACAGGUUUCUGGAAAUGGAGGACGAGGGAGCAGUAUCACAGGAAAAUAACUCCGGCAAUAGCCCACCGGAGACUCUUCCGCUGCUAAAGUAA